CCCUGCCCGGAGAGCUCGGAGCUGGAGGACGACACCGAGGGGCUGUCGACGCGCCUCAGCGGCACCCUGAGCUUCACCAGCCACGAGGACGAGGAGGAGGAGGAAGGAGACGGAGCUAGCGAGGAGCUGGAGGAGCCGCCGCAGGCGCCGGGAGCGGCAGCAGGCACGGAGGACGGAGGCAGGUGCUGGGGCGAGUGGGUCUCUGUGGCUGAGCGUCCCGGCGGCAGCCUGCUGACCCGGCAGCUGCAGGAGCUGUGGCGGAGGUCGCGGGGCAGCCUGGCACCGCAGCGGCUGCUCUUCGAGGUGACCAGCGCCAGCGUGGUCAGCGAGCGCUCUUCCAAGUACGUGCUCUACACCAUCUACCUGAUCCGCUCUGGCCAGUUUGACAAGGCCCCUGCCACCAUCGCCCGGCGCUACUCAGACUUUGAGCAGCUGAACCGCCGCCUGCGCUGCCGCUUCAGCUGCGACAUGGCCAGCGUUGCCUUCCCCAGGAAGAGACUGCGCCGGAACUUCACUGCUGAGACCAUUGCCAAGCGGAGCCGAGCCUUCGAACAGUUCCUGUCCCAUCUGCACUCCAUUGAUGAGAUCCGCCGCUCUCCUGAGUUCAUCGAGUUCUUCUUCCUGCCGGACCUGCAGGCCGCGCAGCGCCUGACCUGCACGGGCAUGUACCGCGAGGCCCUGGCCACCUGGGCCAAUGCCUACCGGCUGCAGGACCGCCUGGGGGUCUGCAACUCCGGCCGCUUCCUGCUGACGCUGGCUGGGCUGGCCGUGUGCCACCAGGAGCUGGACCAGCUCAGUGAGGCCCAUGGCUGCUGCGAGCAGGCGCUGCAGCUGCUGGAGGCCCAGGGCAGCCACCCGCUCCUGGGACCCUUCCUGCAGGCCCACGUCCACCUGGCCUGGAAGGUGGGCAAGGACAAGCGGCGCUCGGAGGCCCGGCUGCAGGACCUGCGGGAAGCUGGGCUGCCCCUGCAGCAGCAGCCUUCCCUGAAGGAAUGCCUGAUCAAGGAGCCUCUGGAAUGAGCUGCCUGUGCCCACAGGGGUGGGAGGGCAAGGGCUGUGGGUGGCUCAUGCCUGUGGCAACUGGGAACAGUGGGAGCAGUGCCGUGGGUAGCAAUGGGGCAGGGGCGCAGCACUGCAGUCCCACGGCACCACAGCCCAUGCCUGGAGCUGCCUUCUGAAUGCACUUUCUCUCUGGUUAGUCUGUCUUGCAGGGCUGGGGACUCAUAGGGGUCCACUACCCACACUGGUGCUUUGAGAAGCUGCUCCCCCUCUGCAGGGGAUCCU